GGGGCAGGCAGUAAAUCGGCGGGCAACAGUCCCACUGAAACGCUGCAGCAACAAAUUGAUGCAGGCUUUCUGAUGCACCUGGAGGAGCUCAAAGAGUUUCUUAUGCUGGAGAAGAAUCUCACCCAGGAGGGACUAUUUCGCAAGACAGGAGCCGUUUCCAGGCAGAACGAGCUACGAAUGCACAUACAGCACGACCAGCCCUUGGAUUUGGAACUGACAGGAUUCUCGGCUCACGACUGUUCCACUGUUUUUAAGAGCUUUCUGGCCGAGCUGCCAGAGCCUUUGCUUACAGACGCCCACUAUCCAGCACAUCUUCAGAUAGCGCCGCUUAGCCAGGCAUUAGUGGGGGGUCCGGUGGCGGCUACCGCAGAGCGCCAACAACAUCUUCUCAACUCGGUGCAGCUGCUCCUCCUGCUCCCCGAAGAGCAUCGCGAGUUACUGCAGCACAUUAUUAAAAUGCUCCAUUCGGUGGCAGCGUGUGAGGAGAGCAACAAGAUGUCCGCGGAGAAUUUGGCCAUCUUGUUUACACCGCACCUGAUUUGCCCCAGGCAAAUGCCGCCUGAGGCGCUCCACUAUACGGCGAAGAAGAUGUCCAGCAUUGUGUCCUACAUGAUUCAGCGGGGUCUGGAAAUCUUCGAAGUUCCCGGAAAGCUAGCCACCGAUAUUCGGGCGUACUUUCUUGAGCGCAAACGCAAAAAAACCAUGUCACCGGAGCAAACCCUUGAAAAAUCCAUCUCGGACGACUCGACGGUCAACACGGUGUACACUUUUGUAGAUCGUGCCGCCACGGCAGCGGCAAACAACAGCAAUUACACGGACACUGCACUGGCGCAGCUGUACGCGCACAUUCAGAGCCUUCCGGAGUCCUCCAAGAAGCGUCGCCUCAUCAAGCAGUUUAACAAGCAAAACGGACAAGGUAGCACAUUGUCUCCACUCCGUUGCGUUCCUUUGGGACACAGCUCAUUGAUUCCACUCGCUCGGUCAUCGCGAGGAGCUCCAGCGUGCCAUAAGGGAGCGUCACGAAAAGCAUGAUGCCAAAAUGAUGCGCGCCAUGGAGGAGGCAGAGCCUAUGCCAUAAAUGCGGCUAAACUGAAACUGUAAACACUUUUGUAUGCGACGUAAUAAAGACUUGAAUGUACCCAAAGCACUAA